ACAGAGGCAGGAGUCAUAUACCCAUAUCACGCUGUUCCCAAGUGAUUCCAGCCCAGCUAAACCAUGCAAAUAAUUAAGAAGGAACGGUAUCUGAUAGCGAUGUGAACAUAUAACAAUGCAGGGCAAAGGCUUAAACCGGCCGAACAGCUCCGGCUAGCUUGUCUUGUGGUGUAGUGAGAAGGGAAACCACCCAUGGAGUCUGAUGACAAAGUUGAAGUGCUGGAGUCAUGCUUCGUGGCGCCGAGAGAGGCAACGCCGACGAAGGGGCUCCGGCUCUCUCCCUUCGACCUCGCGCUGGCCAACAGAGGCCACACUCCUCUUGUCUACGUCUACCGUUCCGGCGCCGCCUUUUUCGACGUGGUCAGGCUCAAAUCGGCGAUGGCCAAGGCCUUGGUAGCCUUCUACCCACUCGCCGGCCGCCUUGGCGCCGGCGAUGAUGGCAGGGUACAGAUAUACUGCAACGGCGAGGGCCCUCUCUUUGUUGUCGCUCGCUCUUUUGUCACAGCUAACAGCAUCAACUUCUCCAAACCGUCGCCGGAGCUGAGGAGGAUGUUUGUUCCUCGCAUUGAGCCGCCGUCCCUGAUCCUGGCAGUGCAGGUGACUUUCCUGAAGUGUGGAGCGGUGGCGUUAGGAGUGGCCGUGCACCACGCCGCCGUGGACGCCAUGAGCUUAUUCCACUUCAUGCAGACAUGGUCGGCCAUCACCAGGGACGACGGUGACGGCGCUGCCGUGGAGCUCGAGCUCCCCUGCCACGACCGCACCCUUCUCCGCGCACGGUCGCCACCGUCGGUGCACCCCUCAGCGCUGUCGGUGUUGUGCCCCAGAGUCGUCUUCUCCGAGACGUCGGAACCAACCGCCACCGAGGCGUUUACCAUCUCCGCCGACGAGCUCGCCACGCUAAAGCGGCUCUGUGGUGGGGCAAGCACCUUCUGCUCCGUGAGCGCCCUGGUGUGGCGGUGCCGGUGCGCAAGCAUCGCACGGCGGCUCCCUCCGGACGCCGAGGCACGACUCAGCUUCCCGGCCAACGUCCGGCGCCACGUGACGCCGCCGCUGCCAGACCGCUACUUCGGCAACGCCCUGGUAUGGCUGGGCGCGACCGCGGCGGCGCGGGACGUCGCGUCGGAGCCGCUGGCGUCCGUCGCCGAGCGCGUCGGCGGCGCCGUCGCCAGGAUGGACGACGAGCUGGUGCGGUCCGCGGUCGACUACCUCGAGCUCGCCGACGAGGUGGACAGCCGGCCGCUGAGGGGCAGCAUGCCGGAGACGGAGCUCCGGGUCAUCAGCUGGCUUGGGAUGCCCGCGUAUGAGGCGGAUUUCGGCGGCGGGAGUCCGCAGGUGAUGUCACGGGCCGAGUCCGUCCGCGGCGGGUUUGUGUACGUCAUGAACGACGGGAGGCCUGCAGACAGCAGCGGCGUCCGCGUGGUCAUGUGCACCAAGGCUGCGGACAUGAAGGAGUUCGAACGGCUGCUUUAUGCAAACAUUGCAAAGCCAUCAAAGCUCUAGGAAGCUUUGUUAAUUUGUUCAUCAAGAAGGGGUGCUGCAGGAACCAGUACCUUGUACACCAAUUUCGCCGAUGGCUCCGGUGUAGUUUCUGGAGCUGCAAGUGGUGGCUGAGAUGCCAGUGCAGGCGCUCUAGACUCUUUUGUCCAAGUGUGGAAUUGAACGACCAUGACACUUCCUUUA